AUGUCAAAGAACGGAACAAAAAGAAGGAACGAAUCAAAAGCAAUGGCCGAAUCACCUUUAUCGGAUACAUUAGACGAAUUUUUAGCUGAUGACGAUGAUGAUGAUGAUGAGAACUCACCUUCAGAAGAAGACAAUGAACAAGAAACUCUCGUGGCAAAUCUUUCACCAACAAAUGGAUUAAAACUUAAAAUACAGAAACGUAAAUUGGACCCAUCAUCUGAUAAUAAAGAACAAAAGAAAAAGAAGAAGAAAAAAUCGAAAUCACAGCCAAGUUAUAUGCGUCGAAAUAUUCGAACUUUGUUCACCAAUGAUAAACUACAGGAUGAUACAUUAUCCGCAUUGAAAGCUGAACAAGACCGUUUGAAACGCUUAGAAGAAAUCAAUCAACAAUUUCAACCUGCUUACAGUUACGUACCAACACAAUCAGUUCAGCCAUCUACCAUACCAAAAUCCAAUGAACAAGAAUGCAUUAUUAUCGAUGAUGACGAUGAUGAUGAUGAUGAAACAAAAAGUUCUUCAAUAAAACAGAAUUUUGGUUCAGAGGAAAAUCCAUCGAUAAAGGAUACCAAUGAAAAUAGCAAUGAUUCAGAUGUUCAGUAUGUUGAUAGUGAUACCGAAACAGUCAAUGAUAAAUUAACACAGAAAUUACAACGAUUGCACCUUGAUGAUCGAGUUAAUGUACCAGAUGAGAAUGGCAAUAUUCUGGUCAAUGUCAACCAUCCCAGCGAUGAUCCUGAUUUGUACAUACCAAAACAUCUUUGUUCCGAUCUCAAACCACAUCAAAUCGGUGGUAUACGUUUUAUGUAUGAUAACAUCGUUGAAUCUCUUAAACGCUUUCAAGCGACACGUGGUCUUGGUUGUAUCCUUGCACAUUCCAUGGGUUGUGGAAAAACUCUCCAAGUUAUAACAUUUAUUGACAUUCUCUUGCAAUAUACAACAGCCAAAUCAGUUCUAAUUGUUGUGCCGAUAAAUACAAUACAGAACUGGUUGAGUGAAUUCAAUCGUUGGUGUCCGAUCGACGAUUCGAAUCUUGAAUACAGACGCUUAUUUCAGUUGUAUAUAUUGAAUGAAACAUCGAAAAAGAUUACUCAACGGGCUAAAAUCGUACAAAAUUGGUCACAAACUGGUGGAGCCCUUAUUCUUGGAUAUGAAAUGUUUCGAUUGUUGGUAACGAAGAAGAAUACUCAAACGAAUUCGUCCACAAAAAAUAACAAUAUAAAUAAAUCAACUCUAAUACGACCGACAACGCCUGUUAUCGUCGAUCUCGAAGAAGAAGAAAAGAAUUGCGAAGUCAUGGAAUAUGUUCGUAAUGCUUUACUUUCACCAGACCUAGUCAUUUGUGACGAAGGACAUCGAAUUAAAAACCAUCAAGCAGGUGUUGCGGUUGCUUUGAAAUCAAUUCGUACACCUCGUCGGAUUGUUCUCACUGGUUAUCCACUACAAAACAAUCUCAUCGAAUACUGGUGUAUGGUCGAUUUCGUUCGUCCGAAUUAUCUUGGUAGUAAAUUAGAAUUUUGUAAUAUGUUCGAACGUCCUAUUCUCAACGGUCAAUGUAUUGACUCAACACUCGAAGAUCGAAAAUUGAUGCGUGCACGUGCACAUGUCUUACACAGUUUACUCGAAGGUUUCAUUCAAAGGCGUGGCCAUGAUGUACUUCAAUGUGAUCUGCCACCCAAAACAGAAUACGUUAUUUUAUUAAAACUAUCCUCCGUUCAAAGACAGCUUUAUAUGAAAUUCCUUGAAGCUGUCGGUGCGUUAUCGAAUUCUUCAGAGAAAACGUUAAAUCCAUUACGAGCAUUUGCCAUUUGUUGCAAAAUUUGGAACCAUGCUGACGUUCUGUAUAAGUUCGUUCGCGAUCGUCAGGAUGGUUUAGAAGUCGAUUUAGAUCUUGAAAUCGAACCGAAUUCAACAAGCAAGACGACAACAGCGACGAAAACACGAUCGAAUGCGCGCUUAACUGCAAACAAUCGAUCAUCAUCGCAAAUAUCGAAUCCUUACGAACUGCCAGCAACGAUCUAUCCAAUUGAAAAAAAAGAAUUUGAUUAUGACUUUGCAAAUCCAAUUUUAAGUUCAUACGUUUGUGGUCAAUUGAGCAAUGGGAUUAAAUUUCAAGUGGCUCUGACUAUACUAAAUUUGUGUAUAGAAGUUGGAGAUAAAGUUUUGAUAUUUAGUCAAAGUUUAUUGUCAUUGAAUAAACUCGAAGAAUUCCUUAGUCAACGUUACAUACCAAAUACAGAUCAGAAAUGGGAAAAGAAUGUGAACUAUUAUCGACUUGAUGGCGGAACAAACAGUUUAGAUCGAGAGAAAUUGAUCAAUGCAUUCAACGCACCAAAUUCAAAUGCAAAACUAUUUCUAUUGUCUACUCGUGCGGGUUGUCUGGGAAUAAAUUUAAUCGCAGCCAAUCGUGUAAUUGUUAUGGAUGUCUCAUGGAAUCCUUGUCUGGAUGCACAGGCCGUGUGUCGAGUGUAUCGCUACGGACAAAAACGACAUUGCUACAUAUAUAGAUUAAUCGCGGAUUUCACGAUGGAAAAACGUAUUUAUGAUCGUCAGAUAGCAAAACAGGGUAUGUCGGAUCGUGUUGUGGAUGAACUGCAACCACAGAAUCAAUUCACAAGGAACGAAGUCGAGAACUUGCUUCAUUUUGCGGCCGAAGAAGAACCACCAGCUGCAGAUUUGAUCGAGAAAGUCGGCGAAACAACUGAUGACCCAAUCCUGAAAACUACAUGUAUAGAAUACGCACAAUCGAUAACCAAGAUUCCAUUUACUCAUGAGUCCCUUCUAUGUGAUCGUAAAGAAUAUCAAUUAACAUCAGCAGAAAAGCGUCGUGCCGAGAAAGAAUAUCACGAUGAAAAACGAAUGAGUGCUUUUUCAUAUCGUUCCAGGCUUCAUCCAUCAAGAUCAAAUUCUCGCUUUUUGAAUGAGUACGAAUCACGUUCGUACUUUCACUCUUCGCCAUCGACAUCUUCUCUGGAUUCUCGUUAUCCGCUGUAUCAACCAUUACGAUCUACAGUCUCGAUGACACCAUUACCUCAUUACGUACAACAGCAAUCGACCGAUGAGAAGUUGGAACAAUUAAAGCAACAUGGGAUAUCUGUGCAACCAAUCGUUUUGAGAAAUCCAUUGGAAGUCCAACUGAGUACGAUCGAACGUGAACAUAUUCCAGCUGGUGUACGUAUUCAUGUAAUCAAAGGUUCUCGAGGUUCAUAUAUCCGAACACCGGAUGGAAAAUUCUUUGCCAUUCGUCAACCCCCAUCAACGCCAUCUGAAAAUGGACCCAAACCGUCCCAAAUGGCACCACCAUCACUUCAUCCAUCGCUGCCAACUAAUUCAAUGAAUCGAUAUCUACUUAAUCCAUCUUCUAUGACGCCUUCAACACCGUCCUUUAUGAAUGAUUUAAUUGAUCUAAAUGAUGAAAUCGAUUUACUAAUUGAUGAUACACCACCAAAUUCGACUUCUACCUCAUUUCCUUCUGUUCCUCCUUCGUCUGCUCAAUCAUCGUCGACUUCGGCUUUCGAAGAUCUGUCCUCUUGGCAUAACGAUUACUUCCAACAAAAUAAUUUUUACCCCGACUUCUUUCCCAAUAAUUCCAAUCUAUCCACAUUAUCACCAUCAGCAAAUAUUGAAACUGAUAACAGUACGAAUAAUUAUUCAUCAAAUGCAUUGACAUUCAUGUAA